AUGGGCCAAGGUUACUCCCUCACAACCCUGUCGGCAGGGUCGGCAGGGAUCGAUGUACCGGAGCUUUCGGAUCUGGUAUAUGAGAAGUCGAUGGGUGGGGGCAGGUUCAUGAAGAGCAUCCGUGCCAGGCAACAAAAUGGUCUGGUUUUUGUCAAGGUAAUCAUGAAGCCUUAUCCGACAAUGCAGCUGGAGCCAUACGUCAAAGCGAUCAUCCAGGAACGCAAGCUCUUGUCAGACGUACCAAACGCAUUGAGCUAUGAGAGGAUCUUGGAGACCAGUACCAGCGGAUACCUGGUCCGUCAGUACAUUCACAGCUCUCUUUACGAUCGAAUGAGCACUCGCCCAUUUCUAGAAGAUAUUGAAAAGAAAUGGAUCGCCUUCCAGCUUCUUUGCGCACUGAGGGAUUGUCACUCACUGGAUGUCUUCCACGGUGACAUCAAAACAGAGAAUAUUCUGGUUACAUCAUGGAACUGGCUCUAUCUAUCUGACUUCUCUUCCUCAUUCAAACCAACAUUUCUUCCGGAGGACAACCCGGCGGACUUUUCGUUCUACUUCGACAUCUCGGGGCGAAGAACAUGUUACCUUGCCCCGGAGCGGUUCUUGGUGGCCGGUGAAGAACCCGGCAGCCGUCACGUCAACUGGGCUAUGGACAUCUUCAGUGCGGGCUGUGUGAUUGCCGAACUUUUUCUGGAGUCUCCGAUAUUUACACUCAGCCAGAUGUACAAAUACCAGAAAGGCGAGUACAGCCCGGAACACAGUCAGCUGGUGAAGAUCGAGGAUCCCGAAAUUCGGGAGCUGAUCCUGCACAUGAUCCAACUGGAACCAGAGUCUCGUUACUCAGCCGAGGAAUAUCUCAAUUUCUGGAAAAACAAGGCUUUUCCGGAAUAUUUUUACAGCUUUCUCCACCAGUACAUGUCUCUUAUGACCGAUCCGUCCUCGGGAAGGACCAAGGUGGAUGCGGAAUCAAGUAAUCGAGGCGAACCGGAUGAUCGCAUCGAAAGAGUCUGCUUAGACUUUGACAAAAUAUCCUACUUUCUGGGAAUCCCACCCCGUUCUCCGCCGAUCAACACAUCAGGCUCAAAUGCUGUCUCUCGUCUGACCGGUAGCACCCUCCCAGUGAAGCUCGACCUGCCAGACGGAGACGGUGAUGGAAAUCAAACAAUAUUACCAUCUCCUCAGUUGCAGUCUGAUGAAGGUGUUUUGAUCUUCUUGAGUCUAGUGGUGUCCAAUCUCCGAACCACAUCCAAGGCCUCGGCUCGAAUCAAAGCUUGUGAUAUCCUGCUUGCCUUUGCAGAAAGACUAUCCGACGAAGCAAAACUCGACCGGGUGCUUCCGUACAUCAUGAUUCUUUUGACAGACCGUACGGAUGCCGUCAAGGUCGCGGCAAUCCGCACGCUAACUCAAUUAUUGGAGAUGGUUCAUGUAGUUUCCCCGGUAAACGCCUAUCUGUUCUCCGAAUACAUCUUUCCACGGCUUCAGCCGUUCAUUGUAUCCUCCAAGAGCAGCCCAAGUCCGAUGGUCCGAGCUGCAUAUGCUUCGUGCAUAGCAUCCCUGGCUCAAUCCUCCUUGAGGUUUCUGGAUAUGAUCCAAGCAUUGCGCUCGGAUACCCGCUUGACUUCGCUGAUUCCAGUUGGCUUCGAGCCACGAUGGACGGAGGAUGCUACCUAUCGUAAUCUCUACGAUGUGGCUCGAAUUGAUCUCCUUGAAUACUUCGAGGUCCAUACCAAAGCACUCUUGACUGACAUAGAUGCCUCCGUUCGCCGGGCCUUCCUGGGAUCCGUUUCCAGUCUCUGUGUUUUUUUUGGCAAUCUCAAAGCCAACGAGGUCGUUCUGAGUCAUUUGAACACCUAUCUCAAUGAUCGUGAUUGGAUCUUGAAAUGCGCCUUCUUCGAGGCCGUGGUCGGUGUUGCCGCAUACGUGGGAAGCAACAGUCUAGAGCAGUACAUCCUACCUCUGAUGAUUCAAUCCAUGACUGAGCCCGAAGAGUUCGUUGUGGAAAGGGUGAUUCGCUCUCUUGGCGCUAUGGCUGACCUUGGACUGUUUCAACGAUCGACGACCUGGGAUCUUCUUCAUAUCACUGUUGGGUUCCUAGUACAUCCGAACAUCUGGAUUCGUGAGGCUGCUGUGAAUCUGGUGGUGAAGUCGACAAGGUUUCUCUCUGUCGCAGACAUUUUUUCUAUUCUGGGCCCGCUCAUUCGGCCUUUCCUCAAGGUCAAAAUUGUGGGCUUUUCCGAGGCAGAACUUCUUGAGGCUCUUAAGCGACCGAUGUCGCGGAAUACCUACGAGAUGGCCUUUCUCUGGGCUUCUAAGACUGACAAAGGUAUCUUUUGGAAAUCUGCGAGUCGCGAUGCGUUCAGCCUCUCGGACCCUGGCAGUCACAGCUCUCGCGUGGGACGUAAUUUUAGUCCGUCAAUGAGUUCACAGUCCAAAAAUGAAGAAGAUGAGCAAUGGCUUUCUCGGCUACGAAAUCUCGGAAUGACAUCCGAAGAUGAAUUCAAGCUUCUGGCGCUAAGGGACUACAUAUGGAGGGUCUCGCUACGGCAGUCCAGAGAGGUCGAGGCAGAGUCGUCUCUGCCAUUAGGCGACAUUAUCAGUCUGUCGCGGCAUGGCGUCACUCCUCAGACAGUCUUCUUUGACAAGAAUCUCAAUGACAAGCCGCGCAACACAUCUCUAGAGAGAGACACCAGUCGUACCCGCACUCCCUUUGAUGAUCAGAGGCCGCGAACUAUUGCCGAUGCGCUGCUUGAUGCUUCCACCACAAUUGAGCGAGCUUCGUCGGCUCAUCGCAAACAUAUUCGUCAUGGAAGCCAGCUCCGCAGAGAAAUUGAUGUCCCACAGCCGCGGAAUACUGCGGUGGAAUCUUCCUCGUCUUCUCCGGCCGCAUCAUCUCCCGCCACCGGUCCUGGGUCUCGCCCCAUGUCUCCGCCAAGCUCCGAUGUUGAGCGGCAUCCCAUUCCUCCAAGUCGCCGACUAAGCUCUGGCCAAGAGAGCUCAUCAACAACCCCUACCAAUGCCGACACUUUGUCAUUGAGAGGCCUCCCGGUCCACCGCAAGUCUAGUGCCAUUAACCUAUUAAACCGCAAUGAGACCGCAAAAGCGUAUGCCGAGACAAGCACGAGUUCAGCAAAUGCUUUUGGAAAAGUGGAUGCGCCUUUUCAGAGAGCAGGAACGCCCCAGCCCUCGGCUCUUUCCCACGCGCACGAACGCAAACCGGUCCAGACUAUGGCAGCGUCCCGGCGUUAUCGUGCUAAUCACUCCUACUCGGGAGAUGACCCUGUUGUUCUGCGACUGUUGGACAACGUGUUCGCAGAGAACUAUCCUACCGACUUGUUUGACUUGGGACCCUAUGUCAAGGAGCUUGAUUCCCGAUUGCCGAUUCCCAAGCCCAAUACGCAGAAUAUCCACAAGCUCUGGAAGCCCGAGGGUAAUCUUGUAGUGACUUUUGGCGAACACAGUGGCCCCGUUAACCGCAUCGCUCUGCCUCCGGAUCAUUCCUUCUUUGUGACUGCCUCGGACGACAGCACAGUCAAGAUCUGGGACACGAUGCGGCUCGAGCGCAACUUGACUCCUCGGUCCCGUCAGACCCAUCGCCAUGCACCGGGCGCGCGUGUCAAGGCGCUCACCUUUGUUGAAAACACAUAUACCUUUGUUAGCGGCGCCACCGACGGCAGCAUCCACGCUGUCAAAAUUGACUAUCAAAAGGUCAAUGACAAUGCUCGAUACGGCAAACUUCAGCUUGUCCGCGAGUAUCAGCUCCCCGCCACUGAGAAUGGAUCGCAAGAGUAUGCCGUCUGGAUGGAGCAUUUCCGAGAUGAAGGGCAAUCAACACUACUCAUCGCCACCAAUACCUGCCGAAUUCUGGCAUUAGAUAUGAAGACGAUGCUGCCAGUCUUCACCUUGGAAAACCCGGUUCACCAUGGAACUCCGACAACAUUUUGCUGCGACCGGCGCCAUACCUGGCUACUGGUAGGGACCACUCAUGGAAUAUUGGAUUUGUGGGACCUUCGGUUCCGGGUACGAUUGAAGGCUUGGGGCCUUCCAGGUUGGGGGUCUAUCCACCGAGUCCAGUUGCACCCCAUCAAGUCGCGCGGGCGCUGGGUUUGUGUGUCUAGCAGCGGGAGCCAUGGAAAUGAAAUCACCGUGUGGGAUAUUGAAAAGUUCCGCUGCCGCGAAGUCUACCAGGCCGCUCCAUUGAAUUCCAACGACAGUGCUACUACGAAUGGAGGGGCUGCUACGACUACUCAUCCACGGGGCUCCCGCGCUCCGGCCAAUGCCCGGAUACACCGUCCUAGUGCAAGGGAUUUCGAGGCCUGGCCUGUCGACGAGGACCGACCGGAGGGUAUGCUCAGCCGUUUCGCUACAGCCAGCCCCGCCGCGGUUGGUAUGGAGGCCGGUCCCCCCGCCGGUGGCAACAAUGGUUCUCCGGCACCACCCAAUAACCCCUCUGGCGAUCGACUGGGCACUUUGGCUUUCACGGUGGGUCUGAAUGUCCCCGCUGAUGAGAAAGCGGCCAGCAGCACCAGCAAACUCGGAUUCAUUGUCUCGGCGGGAAGCGACCGGCGGAUCCGGUUCUGGGAUCUUGCCAACCCCGCGGGUUCGAUGAUAGUUAGUGGGCUGGACACCGUUUCGAACGGCCACGCUGCCGGCAAGCCACAGUACGAAAGUACUCAGCCUGGACCCAACUUGUCUGUCAUCACGGAACAUAUGCCCCGCUCGUCGGCCAACAGCGACGGUGCCGCCGCGGCUGGCUCCAAGAAGGGAGCUAGCCUCCGGCCACCCCGCAGCACCGUUAUUAGUCUCCAGCAGCAGAUGUUGCUCAAGAGUCAUCUGGAUAUCAUACAAGAUGUUGCUGUUCUACGGCAGCCGUACGGGAUGAUCGUGAGUGUUGACCGGGCUGGGAUGGUGUAUGUCUUCAAAUAA